AUGAAGGUCUCUUCCGUUAUUCUGGCAACCUGUCUACUAGGACUCUGCCAUUGCAAGAGGUCCAGAGCUCUCACUGAUAGACCAGUUAUUGAAGUCUUAGAUGACUAUGCGGAUGACGAAUUGAUCAACUAUCGUCCCGUAAGGAAAACGAGGAAGAGUAAAUCAAGUGGCCAAAGGCUGGUCUGGGAUCUGGCUGAUGGAACUGCCUAUGAAGAAGAAUAUAUACAAUCCUUUGCUCGAAGAUGUAAUGCUGGAAAGGCAUUGGAGGAAGAAUCCAUGGUGAAAUGUCGCCAUAGAUACGCUACUCCCAUUACUCUGGAUAUCGCUCAUCCCAAUGUACUAUUAUGCCAGUCUUUUGACUAUUACUAUGAUGAUAACUUAACCAAACUUAUUGUUCCGGAGGAGGGUAUAAUCAUAUCUAAACUUAUGAACGGUAAGGAAGAAGUAUGGAGCCCUUCUUCUGGUGAGGAAUUUGAUCAUGCCAAAGUAUACUUCAAUAAAUAUAAUGAGCCAGAACUUGUUCGGGUAUUGGCAAAGACACUCACUACAGUAAAGGAGUAUUACUUUGAGCUCAAUAACGGGGUGUGGGUACCAUCUAGUAAUAGUGAAGAGAGGAUGCAAAACCUAAGGAUGAUUUCAACCUGUACAUCAGACCUUACUGUGGAUAUUUCCUCAACUAACAGUACCGACAAAUGCACUGUUUUCCAAGUUAAUCUCCUUGGUGUUACUACAAAGCAUUUCUUUCCCAACCCCGGAUAUGCUGUAGUGGGAGUAAAGGAUAAGAGUAAAGAGUUAUGGAUGUCUCCUAGACUCAUUAAAGGUUUAAAACCGCUAGUCAACGAUGGAACCUUUGAUGGAUACAUUGACUAUUGUCUCUCAUGCGUGUUGUACAAGAAGGAAGAUGUGAAGCUACUGGAGAUGACGGUGAUAGAGAAUUUAUCAAAGAGAUGGAAAUUUUUUGAAAAAAUAGAUGGGGAAUGGAAUGAAGUUGGUAUAGAUGCGAGGAAAACCUACAUCCCAUCUCCUUUCCAAGAUAGAUGGGCUACUCUCUUUGAUGCAAAAUACUUCAUUAAAGAGAAUGUCAACUUUACCGUAGCGACUGACAUGGAAGAUACAGUCCCAGUCCUAAAAUGCACAGCUGGGAAUGGUGCUUCUAAACUUACCUAUGGAUCUGAUACAAUAUGGCCAGGGAAGAAGGAUGUGAUGUGUCUCUCAGCUGUCUUGUAUAUGGAUGGAGACCAGCCUACUCUUGCAGUACUUGUCACCAGGGAUAAUAAGAAUAAUAAGAAGAGCAAGGUCUAUAGAUACCAUGAUGGUAAGCAGUGGAAGAAUGGUAAAGAAGGAACUCAUAAGAAGAAGUUUGAGGAGCUAAAGAAAAAGUAUAAUCCGGAAUAA